UGAGAAAAUCUCCUCCACCCCAACCAGCUACAUUGAUACAUUGAGCUGGCUACAUAGAAAGCCAUUUGACACUGAGAUUGUGGUAAGGACUGUAACAUGUGCAUCAAGUGCACCCUGGGACAAUUAGCUGGGAAUCAAUGGUCAUAUCAACAUGAAUCUAUAAGUAUUAUACAUGUUGUCACAAUAUUUAGUUUACCCAUCAUUCCUAUUUUAGGUUCAGGGGGACCGAAUUAUAAUGAAUUCUCAGUGAAUGAAUAAAGUACAUCCUGUGCCAGCAGGUCUGAGGAGCUUCAAUCUGAUGACCAAGUGUAACUCCACCACGCUCCGAGAGAAGUCCCUCCAGCAGAUCCAGGCCCCCACCACCAACCUCUUCAUCCCCAUCCUGUACCUGUUUGCACUCUGCGUGGGGCUGCCCGCCAACCUGCUGGCUCUCUGGGUGCUGGUGUUCAGAACCAAGAAGCUUCCCUCCACCACGCUGCUCAUCAACCUGACGGCCGGCGACAUCAUGCUGCUGCUCGUCCUGCCCUUCCGCAUCGUCUACCACCUGAAGGGCAACGACUGGGUGUUUGGCGAGCCCUUCUGCCGCAUCGUCAUGGCCAUGUUCUACGGCAACAUGUACGGCUGUAUCCUGUGCCUGGCGCUGGUGGCGUUGGACCGCUACGUGGCGCUGGUGCACCCCUUCGGCGCCAAGGUUCUCCGGAGCCGCAGGACGUCCCUGUACAUGAGCUUGGUGGUGUGGAUGGUGGUGAUUGCCGCUAUGGUCCCUCUCCUUGUGUCCCAGCAGUCCUAUGUGCUGGACGAGCUCCAGAUCACCACCUGCCACGACGCCCUACCGGUGCAGGAACAGGAGACCUACUUCCUGCCCUACUUCACAACGUUGUUCACUCUGUGCUUCCUGCUGCCCUUCCUGGUCAUUGUGUACUGCUACAGCGCUGUUCUUCGCACCCUGGUGGCCGGUGGGAAGAGGUACAGCCAUGCGGUGCGCGUGACGGCCUUGGUCCUCGUGGUGUUCCUGGUAUGCAUGUUGCCGAGCAACAUCCUCCUACUGCUCACCUACUCCGACAGCAUCCUGGAUGGGGAGGACAUAUACCUGCCCUACAUGGUUAGCCUAGCGGUCAGCACCCUAAAUAGCUGCAUCGACCCCUUCAUCUACUACUAUGUGUCUGACGACUUCAGGGAAAAGGUGAGGAAUUUGCUGCCUUGCUGUGGCGACAGAAACGACAACUCGUCCUCCUCAGGGAACCCUGUGUCGAAUUCGUCCUCGUCCAGGAUAAAGAGCCAGCUCACCUUGCUGUCCAAAUCCAGCCGGCAGGCCACCAUUGACGAGGAUGCUGCUUGAGGCUGCCAUGGCAGAACCUUCUACAGAGCAGAGUUCUGCAUUUCUGUAAACCUCAUCCAUUGGGUUCUAUUUGAUUAUGUCAUGCUGAAGUGUACUUGGACAGAGGAAAAUAUGAGGCGACGUUUGCACUCUGAAUGCUUUGGGUUUAUAAGUAGAUGCCAAGAUGUUUUUAGCUGUCGCCAUGAAGGAAAACCGCUCUCUGAUAGAACCCUCAACAUUAUAGAAUCCAUUUCUGUGAUGGAACCCUCUCUAUCGUACAUUCUCUCCAAUACAUUGUAGAAAUCUCUCUCUCUCUCUCUCUCUCUCUCUCUCUCUCUCUCUCUCUCUCUCUCUCUCUCUCUCUCUCUCUCUCUCUCUCUCUCUCUCUCUCUCUCUCUCUCUCUCUCUCUCUCUCUCUCUCUCUCUCUCUCUCUCUCUCUCUCUCUCUCUCUCUCUCUCUCUCUCUCUCUCUCUCUCUCUCUCUCUCUCUCUCUCUCUCUCAUGCUGUUUAAUGACACAUUAAACAGCAUGUUUUUAGGAAGUUCAACUCCUUAUGUGGCAGUGCUCGCUGACCUACAAGUACACUGUUUGUUUGUUUGUUUGUUUAUUAAGGACAUGGAUGUCAACAGCCAGAAGGAAACAGAUGGGCAUUGAAAUGCAGCCUGUCCUCCAAUCUAAACAAAAGAAUAGGUCAUUUCUAAAGAAAAGAAACAGCAAUACGUCACCAUGACAACUAUAGAAAACAUUGCAUUAACUAGCAUACUAAACAUAAACUAAUUUCUUCCAUUUUGUUUGUUGUAUUGCUGUUUCUUCGAACAGGGGCUAAAAUGUGAAUUUGGGUCGUUUUGGACAUAUAUAAACAAAAAAUUCAGUUGUUUACGUUGGAGAUUACAUUUUAGAAAUGACCUUGUGAGAUAAACCGAGAUUUAACAUUUCUAUGCUAAAAAGUGUUUCCAUAUGCAUAGGCACAAGGUUAACUUACGGUUCAUAACAACCACUGGACAAUAAUUUCAAUCCUUAAAAUACACUCGCUUUGUGUUUUUUUGCCCUCACAGAAUGUUUAAUAAACUAUCUUUAAUUGAAAUCUAUAAAAA